AAUUUGGCUAUAUUGCGACGCGGACAGUUAACCUCGCUCUUCUUGGAGGCAUAGCCAGCGAUGAGCCAAUCGCCACUCGCACCACGACACACCCUUUAAAUGCCCGUUUCGCUUAUUUUCGUGAAAAUCCCAGUAAGGUAGUGGCUAUUAAACGCGUCUCUCGUUUAUUUUCACAUUGUCAACAUCGGCUAAUAAGGUUUUCAUGUUUGUCGGCCUAUAACCAAUUCACAUCGGAGCACUAUGACAGAACAGCAGAUGGAUUGUGCACUGGAUCUGAUGCGGAGAUUGCCACCGCAACAAAUUGAGAAGAACCUCAGUGAUUUGAUUGACUUGGUUCCUUCCCUGUGCGAGGAUUUAUUAUCUUCAGUAGACCAACCAUUAAAAAUUGCCAAGGAUAAGGAAUCCGGCAAGGAUUAUCUUCUUUGCGACUAUAAUAGAGAUGGAGAUUCAUACAGGUCUCCCUGGAGCAACACUUAUGAUCCACCAUUAGAAGAUGGCUCGAUGCCUUCUGAGCGAUUGAGAAAACUUGAGAUAGAUGCCAACCAUGCCUUUGAUCAAUACCGAGAGCUCUAUUUUGAAGGUGGAGUCUCCUCGGUAUAUUUAUGGGAUUUAGAUCAUGGUUUUGCAGCGGUCAUUCUAAUUAAAAAAGCUGGUGAUGGUUCCAAGAAGAUCAAAGGCUGUUGGGAUUCAAUACAUGUUGUGGAGGUGCAGGAAAAGUCUACUGGUCGUACAGCUCAUUAUAAACUCACAUCGACAGCUAUGUUGUGGUUGCAGACUAACAAACACGGUUCUGGCACAAUGAAUUUAGGUGGUAGUCUAACACGCCAGGUGGAACAAGAUGCUCAGAUCAGUGAGACGUCCCCACAUAUUGCUAACAUCGGUAGAAUGGUUGAAGAUAUGGAAAAUAAGAUUCGCAACACGCUGAAUGAGAUUUACUUUGGCAAGACGAAAGAUAUCGUGAACGGAUUGCGAUCAGUGCAGUCAUUGGCCGAUCAGAGACAGCAGGCUGCACUUAGACAGGAUCUCGCGGCUGCAUUGCAAAGGCGAAACGCCAAUAAUUGAUCUUGCGAUCAGCAACACCAGCAACAAGAGAGCUUCGAUUAUGAUUGCGAAUAGACUUCAUGGUAUUUUUGGAUCCUCCUCAACCUUGCUUGGGAUCUUUGUAUUUUCACAGACAUCUUUAUAUUCUUGAAAUCUGUGGAAUCUUUGGAUUCUCUUGGAGAUCCUGGAUUUUUUGCGGCGACUUUUUUCGAGAACCCCUUUCCCAGGAAGGCUUCAAGAUCUUCUCGGGUUUUUGAGAAUCUUAAAUGCUGCCAUCUGGGUCUUAAGGCCGGAUUGCAUCCACAGAACUUGCGAAUUCUUGGAAUUAUUGUGGUCGAUCUUCACGAAUGAAACGUGACACUUAUUACUUCCUGCGCUUUGUUGCCCAGAAAUAUGAAUAAUACAGACGCGUUGAUUAAACCUAAACAGUAUGAAAUAUUCUUUUUUGUUUAAUUUCGAAUGAAAUAGAGUUUAUUGUAAAUAUGUGGGAAAGGUGCAACGCGUUUUAGAAUGAUAAAUUAAAUAAAAAAAAAGGUGUAAAGUGCAAAAGUGAGUUGUAAUAUUGUAGUCUAACGUUUAUUACGUGAGGAUACCUUAAAGAGCACAUCUAGCAAUUAAUCCUCUUUCAGUUUAUAUUAAAUGUAACAAUUAUGGAAAACAAUUAUGAUAAUCUAUAACUUUUCGUAAUUUGACGGAAAUUACGAAUUAUUUUGGGAAAUAUUAAUAUUCCUCUUAUACUGUUUAGGAUUAAAUUUGAAAGCGCGCAAUUAAGCGCCGAAAUGUAAAAUUGUAAAACGGAUAACGCAUCGCAAUUGUUGUAAUGAGAAAUUUACACUUCAUAUAAAUGUGAGAACUUUAAAAGUUUCGUGUAUACGAAAAUUCUCAUCAUUUAUAUCAACAUCCGUUAAAUAUAUGAAAUCGAUAUAACUUUUGCGGUAAACUAUUGAGAUUUUGUGAAGUAACGCAUUUAAUUAAAGAACAACCUGUUUAUA